GGCACCGCUCCUCGCCCCGGAGCAUGCGCGACAGCCGCCCCGGAGCCCCCCGCCGCUCCGCCCGCGGCGCCCCGCGCCCCGCCGCCAGCGCACCCCCGGACGCUAUGGCCCACCCCUCCGGCAGGCCCCGCGUAUAGGAUGGUAGCACACAACCAGGUGGCAGCCGACAAUGCAAUCUCCACGGCAGCAGAGCCCCGACGGCGGCCAGAAUCUUCCUCCCCCUCCUCGGCGCCCGUGGCCCCGGCUCGCCCGCGGCCCUGCCCUGCGGCUCCGGCCCCGGGCGACACGCACUUCCGCACAUUCCGCUCCCACGCCGAGUACCGGCGCAUCACGCGCACUAGCGCGCUCCUCGACGCCUGCGGCUUCUACUGGGGACCCCUGAGCGUGCAUGGGGCGCACGAGCGGCUGCGCGCCGAACCCGUGGGCACCUUCCUGGUGCGUGACAGCCGCCAGCGGAACUGCUUCUUCGCCCUCAGCGUGAAGAUGGCCUCGGGCCCUACGAGCAUCCGCGUGCACUUCCAGGCCGGCCGUUUCCACCUGGACGGCAGCCGUGAGACCUUCGACUGCCUCUUCGAGCUGCUGGAGCACUACGUGGCGGCGCCGCGCCGCAUGCUGGGGGCCCCGCUGCGCCAGCGCCGCGUGCGGCCGCUGCAGGAGCUGUGCCGCCAGCGCAUCGUGGCAACCGUGGGCCGCGAGAAUCUGGCGCGCAUCCCCCUCAACCCCGUCCUCCGAGAUUACCUGAGCUCCUUCCCCUUCCAGAUCUGAUCGGCCGCGCCCGCGGAGCAGGCAGCAUUAACUGGGGCGUCGUUACUGUUUUCUAUUAUUAUUAUUUGUGUGGAACUGUGUGGGUGUCCUCCCCGCCUGGGCUGGAGGGAGUGGGUGUGGGGGCUCUCUGCUGGAGACGAGGCCACAGCCCCCUCCCCACCUGUUACGGGCCGCACCCCCUCCUGGUGCUCCCUCCCGGUCCCCCGUUGUUGUAGCAGCUUAACUUAACUGUCUGUGGGGCCAGAACCUGAACUCACACCUCCUACCUCUUCAUGUUUACAUAUACUCAGUAUCUUUGCACAAACCAGGGGUUGGGGGAGGGUCUCUGGCUUGAUUUUUCUGCUGUGCAGAAUCCUAUUUUAUAUUUUUUACAACCAGUUUAGAUAAUAAACUUUAUUAUGAAAGUUUUU